UGUGUGUGUGUGUGUGUGUGUGUGUGUGUGUGUGUGUGUGUGUGUCAGGGAGAAGAGAGGGAGUGUGUAGGUGUGUGUAACAGAUGAGAGGGGAAUCUUUGCCAGAUUAGUCAGGGAAGAGGCAGGCUGGUUAGGAGAAGGCACACGCAUGCAGGCGGCUCUCAGAUGGGCUGUGCAUCUUUCAGGAUUACCCCCUGCCCCCCUUCCCCUCAUUCCUGCACCCCCUUUUCCAACCUCUCCCCCUCUAUAUUUCCCCUCCAGUAUGCUGCUGGGGCGACCGAUUCUAGGCACCUCAACCAAGCGAUGAUGAUGAUGAUGAUGAUGAUGAGCGGGAUUUGAGAUUGGCGCAGCUCUCGCCGUCGUUGUUGUUGCUGUCACCUCUAACUCACUUCUUCUCUCUGCCAUGUCUCCGCGCUUUACUGUCUCAGCGAUUGUUGAUUUUCCUUUCCCCUCUCUCUCUCUCUCUCUUCUGUUUUCUGGACGCGUCUCCUCUUCCUCUUUGACCAACAUGCGCGCAAAUAAACCUCCCCGCGUCCCAGCUCGAUCCCAACCUCUGUCCUUGAGAAAACACGUCGCCACAUGUGUGCUGCUCGCUCUUUAUUUGAAAGCAGAUGUGUGAUCCUGUCUGAUGCAUCAGUAUUCUGGUUGGAUUAUAGUCUGGGUCUGCGUGCCUUCGCUGCCGCUGCUGCUGCUGCACGGAUCCUCGUGUUUUCUGGCAUCUAAUUUAUCUUUGUUGGAGAAACAGGGGCUGCGGCAGAUAUUGAUGAAGAAGGAUGCAGAAACACGCUGUUCCCCCCCCCGCUCCCACCCACUGCUUCCUCUUCCUCCAGCCUGAGGCAGAAAAGAACAGCUCCCUGCAGGACAUGGAAGAAGAUAUCGGCCUGAAGAAACGUAAAGGUGAUCACCAUGGAGAGAAAGAGCUGCAGGCAGGCCAAGCGAUGGGCGAAAAGGUCAAAAGGAAGCGAGGACGCCCACCGGCUGAGAAGCUGCCUCCAAAUCCACCCGAGCUCACCAAGACACUGAACACUCUGGUGGACAUGGUCAUCAACUACAAGGACGGGCUGGGACGACAGAUCAGUAAAGGUUUUGUGCAGCUUCCCUCUAAGAAAGAAGUACCGGAGUAUUACGAGCUAAUCCGAAAGCCUGUGGAUUUCAGGAGGAUCAGAGAGCGUGUUCGUAACCACAAGUACAGAAGCGUUGGGGAUUUGGAGAAGGACGUCUUCCUUCUAUGUCACAAUGCACAGACUUACAACCUGGAGGGAUCCCAGAUCUACGAGGAUUCUAUCGUCAUCAAAUCGGUUUUUGAGAGCGCUAGGCAGAGAAUUGUCGCGGACGAAGAGCAAAAGGAGACUGUUAGCGCCGCUCACGGCAAUCAUGGCGGAGGAGCUGAAGACCAGUUCGUUCAAUCAGUGACUCCAUUACCAGCUCAGAUAAAGAAGGAGGAUAGAAACAUAACUACUAUAGCCAAGACCCUCCACAGUGAUUUCGAUAGUGAAGAGGAUCCAGAUGACAACAACACAAAAGAUCAGGGUUGAAAGGAAAGGCUCUCCCGUUUUUUAUACAUAUUCUUGUUCGUGCAUUUUCUCUGCCACAUCCCUUUCUUUUUUUAUUAUUAUUCAAAGAAUGCUCCUAAAAAAUAAAAGUGGAGAAACCACUCUAAGACCAGCAAUUACGAAGCUGCGCUUUUUUUUUUCUUUUUAUUAUUCCCCCUCCGUUUCAGAUGACUCACACGUUGCUGCACAGACUGCUGUCGCUCUCCUUUUUCACUAUUCUCUUCCAAAUAAUCAGUCACGUUUUAUCUGCUUCAGUCCCUGUGAUUGCUUUCGCGGUUUAUAUGUAAAAGACAGAUUUCGAUGACUGUUUCUAAUCGGGAUGUUUGAUUGUAUGAAGUGUCUUCAUUGUGUAUUCGGAGCAUGAUAUUUAAUCCGGCUCCUCCGGAGGAGCCCCGGCCGUCUGUGUGUUCGAGUUUACAGAAUUGAAGCACACACUGAAGACUUUGUAAAGAAAUUGUAACAAAAAUGAACAUAAUACAUUUGUGUAAAAUACAUGGGGAUUUUUAAAAUAACGUAUCUUUAAUAAAACAAAACAAAAAAUAGAGGUAAAGCAUAGUGGGAAUAAAAAUGUGGGCCUAGAGAUGCACCGAUUAAAAUUGUCCUGCAAAGUUUCUUCACCUAUCAACGUCGAUUUCUCUUUAAAACUAAAAGUAUUGAUUUUACUAGCCCCCCUGCCAUAAGUGAUCAUUAGUUAUUCAAAAUAUAAAGACAUUGUCAUGCCUCAAGUGUGACAAAGAGCAUUUACAAAAGAAACAAACCUAGACUACAUACAAAACUAGAAAUUUUACCUAGCGUUAACAUCUUUAGGCUUUAGCCUGGAUAGUAUUAAAACAUGACUUCCCAGAUAAUGUAGAUCCUUUUUUUUGACAAGGCUGCAAGUAUUUGCAAAUUACAGACACAAGUUGAGAUACAAAAGGCAUAAAACAGAGCAACUUUGUUGUACUGCCUUGCUGUUCUCAAACUUUAGUGCUCUCCUGUGGCUUUAAUGAACCACAGAAGUAUCUCAACAUGUCAUAGAAAAAAUACAUUUAUUUCAAAUAGGUUAUUAUAUCGCUGUGUUUCCUGUGACUCUUAAACACCUCACUUUAAAUUUAAGUAAUUUAAGAAUUUAAAGUAACACCUUACUUUAAAUUCUCUGAUAGGAAAUUGAGCUAACUUUUAAUGUUUGGUCAGUAACAGUGUCCAUGUUACGUUUGACAGUGUUGCUAGAUAUGGUGUGUUCAAUUAUCAAAAAAAUAUCUAGGAUUUUUACGCUUCCUACCAGCUCGUCAUCAGAUAUGGGUGAUGAAACUGGUGGGUUCGGGUCAACAGGAGAUUUCUCGGUGCAUCUCUAGUGAAAAAAAAAAAAAAA